AUGCGCCGUUCACCAUUGACACUUGACGGACUUUGGUAUUGUCUUUGUCCGUCCUUUCGACGCUCAUAUCUGAAACGCCCUAGUCUGUCGUUCAGAUUGAUCAAAGAAGCUUCUCGGAGAUUUCAGAGUUCCGCAUUUGCGGGCGAGAGUCAGCACUUCGACCGCCACAGUCGCGACAACAAGGCGCCUGAAGAUCAUGGAUACUCAGAACAUCCGGCUUUACGGCUCCAUCGCAGUCGUACAAGUACAAUAGAAAGGCUGCAGUCGCUGUCAGUCUCGGAACUAGAAAAUCGGCUGGCGCAGUUAUCAUCUCGGCGACAGACAGACGUUUAUGAAAUUAUCUACGUUCUGAAAGAAUUACUUCAGAAACAUCGCAUUUCUCCCACGACACGGCAUUAUCGAGCAUAUGUUUUAGGCAAUAUCGAUCGUCGACAUGGAUCCCCGGGGAUCAUUCGUGGUCUGCUCCAUGAAAUGGAGAAAGAAGGAAUAACUGCUGACUCGGCAACGCUACAUGCCGCUCUAGAGGCUAUUGCAGUCCAUCCUGAUUAUCUCCUGCGCCAGGAAGUCAUUGGAGCUUUACGAGCCCGAUGGCUUUCCCUCAGUCCCGCGGGAUGGCAUCAUUUAAUAGCAGGCCUGGUGCGGGAAGGACAACUCGAGCUGGCAUUGGACCGAUUGGAUCAGAUGGAAAGAAAAGGAAUACCUCUUGAGCAGUGGCUGCACGGCUUGUUGAUAUACAAACUUUGCGAUGCAGGCGAAUUCACGGAAGCCUUAAAUCUUAUGCGGUCUCGCUCCAAGAAAGCCGUAUUCAUAUCAUGGAGAAUGUGGUCCUAUCUUCUAAGGGCCGCAAUUCAGAACUCUCAUUUUGAUACUGUGCGGUACGUCUGGACCAACGCGGUGGACUUGGGAUACACAGUUAUCAAUGUCUCCGACUGCCGUGAUGUUCUUCGCCUUGCAUCAGAACACGGCGAUAUAAACUUCCUAGAGUCUGUUUUUCGACACCUGUUCACAUUAGAUAAUAAUUUGGAUCGAAAAGACUACGAGAGACUAGUACAACUCUAUGCUCGGAACGCAGAUAUCACGACUGCGUUGGAGAUUAUAUGUCGGAUGCAUCAGAGCAAACUAUCUUUAAGCCCCGAGACCACGCAGUCGGUACUACUGUCCCUGGAAAGCAGGAUAAACGACCCAGAAAUUAUGUGGAAAGAAAUCUCCUCGCUUAAAAACAAGGGACUCAGAAUUCCAGUGGCACUGGCAAAUUUGGUCAUAAACUACUGUGGAAUUCUUCUGGAUCGUGGCUCUAUGUCGGCAUCGAGAGCUACUGAUAUCGCCAUAGACAUAUACAAAGACUUGUACGAGGUAUGCUCUAGCGGCGCCAGUACGGAGACAUUCAACAGUCUUUUCACGUUGUGCCGUCAAGCCAAAAAACCGGAUGUCUGUACAUUCUUUGCGAAAGAGAUGGCAGCGUUCGACGUCUCCCCAGAUCAGGAAACUUUUGAGACCUUGAUACUCAUUUGCUCAGAUGUGGGAAGUUUCAGCACGGCCUCGAUGUAUCUUACCGACCUCAGAGCACGAGGCUGGGAGUUGAGCCUGUCUGUGGCCGAUCAACUCCGUAGGAAGUGCGGCAACAUAGACAACCAGGAUGCAGUCGCUCUCUGUCAGUUGUUGGGGCAAAUAUAG